AUGGAGGCGAGAUCGGCCAUGAGCUGGUACUGCAGCACCAUCCUGGCCGUGGUCGUGGCGCUCUUCCUCUCCGCGUCCCUCGGCACGGGCGCCGGCGCCGACCUCAAGGGUUCCUGCGCCGCGACGCCGCACCCGGAGGCGUGCGUGAGCGCGCUCCAGAAGGACGCGGUGGCCAGGAUGGGCGCCGCCGCCACCCCGCGGGACCUGGCGGAGGCGGCGAUCCGCGCGGCCUCCGACGCGGGCGCGGCGGCGGGCGACUACGCGCGCAAGGAGAUGGACGUGGUGAAGGACAACGGGAUGUGGCAGUGCCUGAACGAGUGCGCCGAGGACAUCGAGGAGGCGCUCUCCCACCUCGACGACUCCGAGGGCGGGGUCGACGAUGCCAAGCUCAAGGACGUCAAGCUCUUCCUCGACACCGCGGAGCAGGACGCCUGGAACUGCGACCAGAGCUGCAAGGGCGCCGCCAACACGCCCGUCAAGGCCGCGCUCCUCGCCAAGAACAAGGACUUCGAGAACCUCAUGGCAGUCACCCUCGCGCUCCUCAAGCGGGUCACCGGCGGGGACGACGCGCCGGGCCCGGCGCCGGCAAAGCCGUGAGAUCAGCUUGUUAGUAAUUAAUUAAUUCGCGCGCGCCAUAUAUGUUUGUUCAUUAU